GGAAAAUUCCAGUAAGAAGCAGACUGCAGCCUCGUUGGAAAGAGUCUAUGAAGGAUGGCUGAGUCGCUGUCUGGGGAAAUCGUGGACGUGUCGCUGGAUUUCGUUGGGGAGGAUGACAGAGCUCGACGGACCACAAAAAUACGGCAUCCACUGGCCACAUUCUUCCACUUAUUUUUCCGUGUCAGUGCCAUCAUUGCCUAUUUGUGCUGUGACUGGUUCAGCAGGAGUUUCGUCAUGUGCUUUCUCAUGGUCAUCACUUUGCUCUCAUGUGACUUCUGGUCUGUGAAGAAUGUGACUGGCAGGCUUCUGGUUGGCCUGCGCUGGUGGAAUCAGAUCGAUGAAGAUGGGCGGAGCCACUGGAUGUUUGAGGCUAAGAAGGGUCGCAACUCUAGUGGCACAGAAGCAGAGGCUCAGAUUUUCUGGUUGGGGUUGAUCGUCUGCCCUCUCGUUUGGACUACCUUCUUCUUCACAACGCUCUUCUCCUUCAAGAUGAAAUGGCUGGCUUUGGUUGUAGCAGGUUUUUCUCUCCAGGCUGCAAAUCUUUAUGGCUACUUGCGCUGCAAGGCUGGGGAACAGGAGACCCUCCCCAAAUCAGCAUCCCAAUACCUGGGGCAGCAGUUCAUUCAAAAGCCUGAUAUCAUAUUCGGAAUACUGUAACAGAAGAGGAAUGCUGUGCUUUCCAGUGCACAUAGCCUAAGCAGGAAAUCAUGCCUGUUGCUCAUGUCACAUAUUGAUUAAACCAAAUCAUGAUACCGUGUUUGUUGUCACAUCUUGGCAAGCGGCAAACUAAGUACAUAAUCUGCUAAUGACAUGUAUUAAUUUUGUGCCUGAGUGUAUAAAUGUGUCAUGCAUACACAAGUAUAUCAGCUAAGAGGUGAGCCAAGCUAAAGUGCUUUGUAGAACAUUCAGGAUUUAUGAAGGUGCCUUUUGUGAUUGUUGACAUUGCCGUCUGUCACCACUAGAUGUCGCCACUUCCCUAAGAAUUUGUAACGUAUCUCUGUAACCUGAGAAACAGAAGGUCUGCAGAAAAAUGAAGGCUGUGAGGGACAUUGCAUGUCAGUUGUUAUUUAAGUCACUUUGCCUGGUUGGAGUGCUCUGUUUCCAGAGUUAACCCUCAAAAUUAUCCACAAAUCUUGUGCAUCUUGGAAUAUUUUGUCUUUGAUAGGACGUGCACUAUAGCAGAGGUGCUCAGGCCUGGUCCUGGUCCUGGAAAUCCACAACCCUGGAGAGUUCAGAUGCUCUUGAAGGCCUUCGCUAUGUGGAUCAGGUGUGUUAGGUUAGAGUUGGAGCUAAACUCGGCAGGGUGGUAGAUCUCCAGAGGAUUGAGCAUUCCUGCACUAAAGCUACUAAAAUUAGCAUUAGCAUGUUACCUUGUAAGUGGCCCAAAAAUGAUUUUCUCUUUUUAGGAACCAAACAUCACUUGAUUUUAGUAACACACCAACCUGAACUUCCUUCAUAUGAAUUCAUUUUGCAUGAGAAGGCUCCCUACAUGGUACGGUAACAGCCAGCAGACGUCCAGAUUUAAUUGCAAACCCAAGCGCUAACACGCUAUGAACUUCGGAUCCAAUGGGAGACAGCUAUGCCAUCCUCAUGCAAAUGCUAAUCAGUAUGCAAAUGUGCAUCCCUGAAGGACAGAAAUGAGAGAUUUCAGUGUCAGCUUGUGUACUCUGUGAUUUCAACAGGUUUCAGAGAGUAGGAGGGGUGAAUUUGCUUGGCUCCAUCUCUCUCCCUCACUCUGUGGUUUCUCAGUUGGAGUAGGAGUAGCUCGCCACCAGAAACUCAACCGAGCUAGCAUGUAGCCUUUGUAGCUAAGAUUUUGAGAGAGUCUGGAUUCUAUGGACAAAACAGCCUGCUUAUCACUUCUCUGACCUUUCUGGUAUGAUAUUGCUUCACAUUGCUUAUCAGAAGUCAUUCAGGAACAAGCAGAUUUGUUG